AUGGCUGUGCAUUCCAAGAAUGAAGCUUUGAUGUGCAAGGUUUUCCCAUCCAGUCUAGGGCCUGUGGCGAUGAGGUGGUUUGAUGGUUUGAAGGCAGGUUCCAUUGAUUCCUUUAAGGAACUCACCCAAAUGUUUGGUUCUCGUUUUAUUAUGUGUAGUAGAGCUCCUCGUCCUUUGGCUUCCUUGCUAUCUCUGUCCAUGAGAGAAGGAGAAACUCUGAAAACGUACUCUGACAGAUAUUGGGAGAUGUUCAAUGAGAUAGAUGGUGAUUUUGAAGACAUAGCCAUCAGUACUUUCAAGCUCGGCCUGCCUGCCGAGCAUGGCCUAAGGAAGUCUUUGACGGGGAAACCUGUUACUAGUAUACGCCAACUCAUAGAUCGGAUUGACAAGUAUAAGAGGGUUAAGAAAGAUCAGCAGCAAGUUAAGGGGAAGGACAAGGUUAUCCCUCAGGAGAUGAGGGAUUUCAGGUCGAAUUGCUACAAUAAUAACAGACCCCGGAGAGAUUUUACCGAACAAUCUGGGCCUGUAGCCCCUCAAGUGGUAAACACCGUGUUUCGAGAAUUGGUGCAUCAAGUUUUAGAGAAGAUCAAGAACGAGCCGUAUUUCAAAUGGCUGAACAAGAUGAGUGGAGAUCCUUUGAGGCGCAACCAAAGCCUCCAUUGCCAAUACCACCAAGACAGGGGACAUACCAUCGAGGAUUGUUAA